GUCAACCGACGGGACAUUAGCAAAGCGGGGUGUCGAGCUGUGCUCACAGGGUUAAAACGCCACUGAAAAUGAAAGAGGAGAGUGUCUGUUUACUGUCUCUGUCGAGACAUGUAACACCGUGAGUCUUUUCCAGUCUGAAAUCUUCCAGCAUCUCUCACAAACCAACCGUCUCCUUUGAGUGACCGUGUUAUAAUUCACUCUUGUUACCGGGGGAGAAGGAGAAGCAGAUCCGUUAUUUUUAUUAUUUUUUCUUUCUCUCUUACUCUCUCUCCAAAUGGCUUCUGUGAGCCUUGUUUCCAGUCCCCCAGCCCCUGUUCUUGACAAAAACAUGACAGACUCUGAGCUUGCAGGGGAUGAAAGGGAGGAUGGUGAACUGGAAGAUGGAGAAAUAGAUGAUGAGGGAAUUGAGAUUGAGGAGGAGAACAAAGAGGUUGCUGAGGUAAAGGAUGACAACAAGAAAGAAAAAGAGAAAGAAAAGGAGAAAAAUAAAGAGAAAGAGGAAAAGGCACGAAGACACACAAGGAAAAGAUACAAAAAGACCAGAGAGAAAAGGAAGUCCAAAAGGAGGAAACGUGAAAGGCAAAGACAUCAUUCCCCCUCCAGCAGUUCUAGCUCCGACAGUUAUGACUCGGACUACGACCGAUCAGAAAGGCCCAAAAGCAGGAAGGGCCAAGGCUACAGCCGUGACUCUGAUAACCAGCCCUCUCAACAUUCAAAGGGACUCCAUGGCAACUUGAAGAAGUCAUCCCCGCAAAAGAGCAGCGAUUUUGAUAAAUACAGCGACGAUUACAGCGAUGAUAAGUAUGACUACGAUGAAGAAGAGGAGGAUUAUGAAGACGACAUGUCAGAGUACCAGCAAUCUAAAGAUGGGAAUCAGGGGAAGGGGCGCUACUCAAAGGAUCAGAUGAGCAGAGGAAGCUUGAGAGGGAUGAAGCAACAGCAGUUCGGACAGAGAGGAAGGGGCAGAGGGAGCGGACCAGGAAGAGGGCGAGGGAUGCUCCUGAAAAACAAGAAACUGAAAGGCAAACCGUGGGGAGGACGCGGGCGUGGCAGGGGAGGAGACCAGGGAAUGGAAGACAUGGGACCAGAGGGAAAAAGCUCCUCUGGCUUUCAGAAGAAGCGACCAAUCAUGAGCAAGGAGUUCAUAAGUCAGCAUACGGUUGAGCACAACGGUAGAUACAUCUGCAAGUACUUCCUUGAGGGUCGCUGCAUCAAGGGGGAACAGUGCAAAUUUGAACAUGAGCUGGUUGUGCCUGAUAAGAAAAAGGAACUCUGUAAGUUUUACUUGCAAGGAUACUGCAGCAAAGGAGAUCACUGCAUUUACAUGCACAAUGAAUACCCCUGCAAGUUCUUUCACACAGGAGCCAAAUGUUAUCAAGGGGAGAACUGCAAAUUUUCCCAUGAUGCUUUGAAUGAUGUCACGAAAGAGCUGCUUGACAAGAUAAUUAACACAGAAGAGGAGAACGCCCGGGAGGAUGAGUUGGAGCUGGAAGAUCUGAGAAAGCAGGGUAUCGCCCCACUACCAAAGCCCCCUCCUGGAGUGGGGUUGCUGCCCACCCCGGGUCAGAGCAGUCCAACAGAUGGGGCAUCUGGUCAGGGUGGAAAGAAGAUUCCGUCUCUGUUUGAAAUCAAGGUUCAUCCCACUGUGGACUUGGCACAAAAAAUUGCUUUGAGUGGCUCCAACUUCUCCCAGAAUCAGGCGGAUGGGUCCGAGGACACUGCUGCGGCUGCGGCUCCGGUACCAGCAGCUGAAUCAGCUGUUCCUAUGGGUCUCCCCACAGGGCCAACGAUGCCUCAGAGUCCCCCAGGAAAGCUUCCCCCUCACGGGUUUCCAAUGCAACCACCACCCCCCUCUGGCCAGCCCCCACCAUUUCAUGGAGCCAGUAUAAACCAGCAGAUGAAUAUGCAGAAGCUUCCGUUCCCACCAGACGUUCAGAUGCUACAGAACAUGUUAUCCUUCUCAUCGUUUGGUCAGAACCCAGUGGAUUUAUUAAGCAGCUUCUUUCAAAACCAGGCCGUCGGUCAGCAGGAAGUGGAACCUGGUCAGGCCUUCAUACAGAACCUUCAGCAGCUGAUGGGUGCAGAGUCACAGCUGCAGUCUUUGCCACCAGCGGUGCAGAAGGCCAUCUUGUUACACCUGACACAGCAGCAGCAGGAAGCCCAGAGCAAAGAGCCACAAAGAGCAGAUGGACAACCUGAUAAGAAUGACAACAGAGAUGAAACAACAAACUGGUACUCAAGCGAUGAUGAGGAUGGGGCCUCUUGUGUCUCCUCCAUCUUGAAAUCUCUGAAGAAGCAGAAUGAAAUGCAGCAGAGUCAGUCCAAGCCCCUCCAUGUUGCGUCGACCACCCCAGCUCUGGGCGACCCCAGGCUCAUGAAGGAACGAGCCCCACCCAGCGACCCCAGGGUCAAGAUCGACCCUAGACACCGACUCCAGGAUCCCAGUAAGGAGCUGGAUGGAGCAGCGGAUCCAAGACUCCCCAGGGAUCCCAGGAAGACGAGACCCGGCGAUCUUGGCCGUCAGCAGAGUCAUCCUGCUCCUCAAAAGACUCCAACAGGAGAGGAGGAUGAGGAGGGAGAGCGGGAACUGAAGGACAGAGCGGUACUUAUCCCUCUGGAGGCCAGCCCUGGCAUGGUGCUGCGGGACCCUCGCUGUCAGCUAAAGCAGUUCAGUCACAUUCGGGUCGACAUUCUGCUCCAGCGCCCCGCCUUUGCUCAGACCGUGGUGUGGGCGCCGGAGGACCUCAUCCCAUCACUUGUCCCCAAACAGGAGCACUCCAUCAACCUGCCGCUCCCCCCGCUGAUCGCCGACGCUCAGAUGAACAGAACCAACCAGCCCGACCAUUCGAUAGUCUCCAGCCCGCCGCUGUCCGACCCCAGACUAGCGGCCGCCCGUUUAAAGGAACGUUUGAGCCGGAUCCCCGGCGGAUCCCUGGAGACUCGAUCCUCCACGGAGAGGCCUGUAGAUCCGCGGCAACAGAAAUCUCUGGACCCCAGAAUCAAGCGGAGAGGGAGUCUGGACUCCAAGGUGCUUGGUCAGAAGGAACCCCCCUCAGCGGGAGGACUGGUGGAUCCCAGACUCCAGAAGGCCGGCGCCAACUCAUCUCCCCCAGCUAUCCAAGGCAAGCCGGACCCUGAGAAACUGCCGCCGUAUGCCCCCCGGUUGGCAUCGUCUGACGGAGGGCUGGAGAGUCCCACCACGAUCCUCGGGGGCAUCAGCUUGUACGACCCCCGCUCUCAAACCGACCCGUCUCGCAGGGAGCCGCUCGAUCCUCCUAAAAAACCAGGAAUUUUGAAACAGUCAUCGAAAACGGAGAACUCUCUGGCGCCAUCUCUGUCACCAACCCAGCGAAGUGGCUCGUUUGAGGAGGUAAAAAGCACAGAGGUCGCCUCCCAACAGAUUCCUCCUGCUACUUCCUCCAACGGAGCUCCGCCUGCCUCACCAGUCAAACCCCCAGCGGUUCAUAACCUCCCCAUCCCAACGCUGGCCGGGCUGAUCCGGCCACAGUACGUCGAUCCCAGGCAGGCUAAACAAGGAGGACAAGGGACUGCAGGACCGCAGGAAGAGACAGAAGUCAACAAGGACCAGGAGGGGAAUAUGGACAAGGACAAGGAAGAGGAAGAAGUUAUGGAAGAAGAAGCAGAGCAGAAAGAUUCAGAUGAGACGGACGACAGGACACUGAAAGACGUGUUCAAGACUUUUGAUCCCACUGCUUCUCCUUUCUGUCAGUAGAUUCUUCAGCGUGGAAAUUUAAAGCAACAAGUAAAGCUGCAGGAUGUAAUGUUUAUAAAAAUGUUUUUUUUACAUAUUUGUUAAAACUGUCACCAUGUUGUGACAGUUUGAGACAGAUAAUCUGUGAAAAGUUCAAUCUCCUCCACCUCCUUCCUGAGCUGCUCUUUUCUGUCUGAAAAAAUGCACCCCUCCAACCAAAAACAACCAAUCAGAGCCAGGAGGAGGGUCUUAGUGCUGUCCAUCAUCUUCAUGUACUCGCUGCUCAAUGUGGUACUGGCGGAAAGACAACUUACUGUUACGGGAAAACCAUUUAUCCGCCAUCAUCAAUGCCUAUGGUAACAAGCCUGAGAGAAGGAGGAUGAGCAGCAACACACUGAGGGUGAUUGACAAACCCUCCUCCUGGCUCUGAUUGGUUGUUUCUAGUUAGCACUGGGAGUACCUGGAGAUGGCAGAGGAGCUAGAUUUUUUCCAUAAAUUAUCUGACAUACUGUCACGACAUAGUGAUAGUUUCAACAAAUAUGUAAAAAUAUAUAUAUAUUAUAAAAAUUACAUACUGCAGCUUUAAGUUUUGUAAAACAUUAUCACUUAUCUUUAUUUAGCAAUACAUGGCUCUAUUUAUUUCUGUAAAUAAUCAUGUACAGGUUAUCACAGCUUCACAUGAAAGCAGGAGUAUGGGAAAAGUUGAGGUGUUGUUUUUGAUUCUCUUCAUGCAGACAGACUAUUUUGAGUGUACUCACUACUAUGACAGUAUUUAUUCCUUUCCACUGAGAGCUAAUUAUGUGUCCUUACUUUUAUAUUUACAUUUUUUACCAGAACCAGAGAUUAGCUUUUAAUUUGUCAAUGACUUGACCUUUUUAGAAAAUCAAGAGAGUUCUUUCAUCAUAUGUAUAAUGAAAUUGCAUUUCAGAUUUAUUUCCAUGCUGCUACACUUUUUAAGAUUUCUGUACAGUUAAUGUGCUUUGCUGAAAUGUUUGCACUGCGUCAUUUUAGCUGAGCUUGCUAUAGUUUCUUCUUUUUGCUGUUUAUAUCAGACAUUGGAAUCUCAAUUUGACUUGCAGGGCCUUGCAAAUGUAUUUGUAUCUUUUACGCAUUUUGUCACGUUACAAACUUAUUAUUGGGAUUCUAUGUGGGGAAAAAUGUAGAUUGUUCUAAAAGUUGGAAUGGUGUGUUUGUAUUCAGCACCUAUGAGCCAGGAACUCAUUUCCAGUUGUUUGGUGUAUGACUGACAUCUUUGUACAUCUAGAGACUGAGAAUGUUGCCCAUUCUUCACUGUAAAGCAGUUAGAUUGAAUGAAGACUGUAUGUUGUCAUUACUUUGCUUUGAACUUUGACUGGGCCAUUCUAACACAUUUAUGUCAUGUUAUUUUUUGUAAUUGAUUAUUCUGGUAAUCAAUAAAUCAGUGCAAAGGAUUAAUCUGCAGCUAAAACAACAUACUUCUAACAUCAACAUGUAAAAGCUCAGUCCUUUCUGAGCUUUUACAUGUUGGAUUAUCUGAUUAAUAUUUGGAUUAAUCAAGCAAAGGGGCUGAACGCAAAUACAUGCCACACUUGUGAAUUAGAUUUUUGUUAAAUGGUGUUUCAUUUCUCUGUCACUUUUAGUUAUACACUGCUUUGUGUUGGUCUGUAAUCCCAGUGGUUAUAAGGUGACAAAAUGUGUAUCAUUUCAUGGAUUACACUCACUCUUUAAUCCACUGUACAUGUGCCAUUUUACAAAAGAAAAACACUGACCAGCUUGGAGGUAGCAGGUAAAUGUUUAUUUUAUGUCCUAAAAAUGAUAAACAAAAUGAAAAAUGGAUGAAAACAUUUUUCCCUGUAUUUUCUGUACAGAAAUAUUAUCUGAAAGGCAUUACAAAUAAAUGUAUAUAUGUAACAAAUGUGGCCCUUAUCGCAGUUUCUAUCUCUGUUUGGCGUUUGUAGAGCACUGUAUUUCAGCCUGUAUUCAUAAAGUGAGAAUUUUAUAGAAUGAGGCAUUUCUGUAGCAGCUUUUCUCAGUAACGUGUGCUGCUUUUUGUUUUCAUAAAAAGUGAAAUGUUCCCUUUUUUAUUUUCUCUCAUUUUUCAUUGUAAAUGUGCAUUUUAUAUUAUGUGUACAGUGUGUUUUACUGAGUGCUUCAUGUAUAAACAGAUUUUUAUUCCUAUUCGUAUGGUGACACCAGCUUUUUGGUUUUAACUACACAUACUCAUCGUUUAAGUGGUUUUAUUAUGAAUAUAUUGAAUAAAGGAGUGAAACAAAGUCA